AUGUCAUUUCACUCAGCAAGAUCACUACCAUUCUUGGCCUCACUACUGCUACUACUAGUGGCAGGCUCUGAUGCUGGCGGCAUUGCUAUUUACUGGGGUCAAAAUGGCGGUGAGGGCACAUUGGCGGAGACAUGCUCAAGUGGGAACUAUGAUUAUGUGAACCUAGCGUUUCUUUCAACAUUUGGUAACGGCCAAACGCCCAUGAUCAAUCUUGCUGGUCAUUGUGAUCCGUACAGCAGCGGGUGCACCAAUUUAACAUCGGAUAUCGAAUCAUGUCAAGCUAAAGGAAUCAAGGUGAUGCUCACAAUUGGAGGAGCAGCUGGGAGCUAUUACCUCACUUCUGCUGCAGAUGCUGAACAAGUUGCCAAUUACCUAUGGAAUAACUUCUUAGGUGGGAAAUCAACCACUCGUCCUCUUGGCGACGCUGUGUUGGAUGGAAUUGACUUUGAUAUCGAAGGAGGAACUACACAACAUUGGGAUGAUCUUGCCAGGUACCUUUCUGGAUACAGCAAUCAAGGUAAGAAGGUAUACUUGACAGCAGCACCCCAGUGUCCCUUCCCAGAUGCAUAUAUUGGAGUUGCACUUCAAACGGGCCUUUUCGACUAUGUUUGGGUUCAGUUUUAUAACAACCCUCCUUGCCAAUACUCUGGAGGUGUUACCAAUCUUGAAGAUUCAUGGAAGCAAUGGACUUCUGACAUACCAGCAACCAAGAUUUUMUUGGGGCUACCUGCAGCACCUGCAGCUGCAGGAAGUGGAUACAUCCCUGUUGGUGAUCUAACAUCUCAAGUUCUUCCAGCAAUCAAAGGUUCUGCAAAGUAUGGAGGUGUUAUGUUGUGGUCUAAAUACUAUGAUGAUCAGACUGGAUAUAGUUCUUCCAUCAAAAGCCAUGUGUAG